GAAAAGGUGAUGCUUGGAGGGGCUCCGGAAGUUUAUUUCUGGGGAUGAGCCAGCUGCACCCGUGGCUGGUGAAAGGACUGCGCUGGGGCCCCCGCCGAUCGCAGCACCCCGAGAGCGAGGCCAGGCCGGGCAUCAAGGACUUCAGGCAAGCGGUGUGGAGAGGGGAAGCCCCUGCCCAACAGGUUCGCGGCGAUGGCUGCUGACUCAGACGUCCUCCAUUUCCAGUUUGAGCAGCAAGGGGACGCCGUGCUACAAAAGAUGAAUCUCUUGAGGCAGCAAAACCUGUUUUGCGAUGUAUCCAUCUAUAUCAAUGACACCGAGUUCCAUGGGCACAAGGUAAUCUUCGCCGCUUGUUCCACCUUCAUGAGGGACCAGUUCCUGCUCACGCAGUCCCAGCAGGUGAGGAUCACCAUCUUGCAAAGCGCUGAGGUGGGCCGGAAGCUGCUCCUCUCGUGCUACACCGGUGCUUUGGAGGUGAAGAAGAAGGAGCUGCUGAAAUACCUCACGGCGGCCAGCUACCUGCAGAUGGUACACAUUGUGGAGAAGUGCACCGAGGCCCUCUCCAGGUACCUUGAAAUCGACGCCUCCGUGGAAGGCAAUGGGGGGCGCGGCGAGAAAUGCCACUCGUCCGACAUGGAGCUGCGGCGCAAAGGUGGCUGCCCGGAUAAAGACUGCGAAAUCAUCGAGAUUUCUGAAGACAGCUCUGCGAAUUUGGAGGACCACGUCAAACAGGAAAAGGGGGACAGCCAGCCGCCCAUGCAGAGUUUGAUAUCGGAACGGAAGGAGGUCAAAAGCCCCGAGAUCUCGACCGUCGAGAUAGGAUACAAGGAUGACGAAAUCUGCAUUUUCCGAAUGGAUUCCCUCAAUGCCCCGAGCGUGGAAGACGAGGAGUUCUCCCAACCUUGCACCUCCUCCAAAACGAACUUGUAUUUCCCCGAAACGCAGCACUCUCUGAUCAACUCGACGGUGGAAAGCAGGAUGACGGAAGUGUCCGGAGCUCCGUUCCAGAGCUUCGGCGGUGAGAACCCAGAAGGGGCGGCGAGUGCCGUGGGUGGCUUCCAGAACCCGGAGGAGUCCAGCUACUCGUGGCGGCACCAGUGUCCGAAAUGCCCGCGAGGGUUCCUCCACCUCGAAAACUAUCUCCGCCACCUGAAGAUGCACAAGCUGUUCCUCUGCUUGCAGUGCGGGAAGACCUUCACCCAGAAGAAGAACCUGAACCGGCAUAUCCGGGGCCACAUGGGAAUCCGCCCGUUCCAGUGCAUGGUGUGCCUGAAGACCUUCACGGCCAAAAGCACUCUGCAGGACCACUUGAACAUCCACAGCGGGGACCGGCCUUACAAGUGCCAUUGCUGCGACAUGGACUUCAAGCACAAAUCUGCCCUCAAGAAGCACUUGACGUCCGUGCAUGGACGGGGCGCUGUAGACAAAGCUGCCUUUGACUCCAUCACAGAAGUCAGAAUAGACUACGACUAGUGGCGGCGUGGGAGGCGGGCGAGGCCAGGCCGGGGACCUUGCGAAGUACCGAGAUCAAUCCCACCCUCUCCUGAAUAAUGUUGAGAAUGGAAAUGUGCCCCGGUAUUUCCAGUGAUGUUCAAGCAGGCUUCUGACGAAAGAGUCACCUAGGGAGAGUUAGAGGUUUGUCCAAGCGACCAGGAAAUGAAGCAGAAUUUUAAAAAAGUGGCUUCUUCCCCUCCCCCUUUGGAACUACAAAUUACUUACAUAAGUACAUGUGAGAAGAAAAUAACUUUAUGGGGCUUUUUAAAAAAGCACCUAGGUUUUUUAGGUGCUUUAGAAAUAGUCGUUAUUAAUUAUUUGCAAGAGAUGAUCUUGGACAGUGGUUUUUUUUUUUUUAAUGCAGACAACUGUGAAUUGGGUGGAAAAUGAACGGUGCAAUGGCAGGGGAAUGGCUUGAGAUCAUCUGCAAAUAUUAUCUGAGACAACCCCUUCAUGGUUUCUGCUUUAUUUUAA